CUCUGGUCCCUUACGCCACCCAGUCUCCUCCUUACAGAAACUAAGGAAUGUGCUUGGGAGACUUCAGUUACUUUCAAGGAGUGUGCUUGGGAGACUGCAGGUGGCACGAUCAGCAACCGUCCAAUCAGUAAACUUACCAGGGUAACAGACAAGCCCAUUUAGCCUGCAUCCGUAAGUUCCAGCCUUUUACCCCUCUCCUUUAGUUCUCUGAGAGCCUCUUUGGAAGCAUGAUGCCACGAUGCUGCAUCUUGGUUCUUGUUUGGGGGAUAACAGUCUUCCUCUCCCAGUGUUCACAAGGAACUACAGAUGCUCCUGUUGACUCAGGACCAUGGCUGUGCCAGCCGGUGCCCAGGUGUGGGAACAAGAUCUACAACCCUUCGGAGCAGUGCUGUUACGAUGAUGCCAUCUUGUCCUUAGAGCAGACCCGUCGCUGUGGCUCCAACUGCACCUUCUGGCCCUGCUUUGAGCUCUGCUGUCCCGAGUCCUUUGGCCCCCAGCAGAAGUUUCUUGUGAAGCUGAAGGUUCUGGGUACGAAGUCUCAGUGUCACUCAUCUCCCAUCUCCCGGAGCUGUAUCGGGCUCCACUGGCAGAGAGCAGAGAAGGGAAGAAGAGGAGAAGCAGCUGGACAUCGGAGACUACAGAUGAACUUCAGAGAGAAGCAACUUGACUUCAGAGGGAUGGCUUGAUGGCAUAGCUUUGGAGAGGAGCCCAGCUGGGGACGGCCAGACUUCGGGGGAAAUAUACCUUCCUGUUUCAUCCCCUUUCCAGCUCCCCUUUCCACUGAGACCACCUUCAUUGGCAAUAAAAUUCCCCACAUUUACUAUCUUCAA